CAUAAUAAACGUCAGUUUCGUGAAAAUGGUCGCCUCGCUUUUUCUGGCUUAUUUUUUUUCUAAUUAAUUGACUGAAAAAUUCGAAAUUACGGCUUAAAGAUGACUGAUAAAGAGAUUACGAUGGAAGACCUGGAGGAAUCGGCCCAACAAGCUGAGGAGCAGCUAGACAUGCUGGCGUGGAAGAUGGAAGGUGACAGGGACCUGGCCGUACCUGUGAACAGCCAGGACAUGUGCGUCAUGACUCUGCUCAAGUCAGUCUCGGAGGUGCGGUCCGACUACACGGCGCUCCGCCGCGAGCUGGUCGAGGUGCAGCAACUACAGAGGGAGCUGUCGGCGCGGCUGCGGGCUCAGCUGAGGCUGGUCCAUGGGAAGUUUGCUAAACUGCGGCAGAGGCUGGCUGUCGCUGACCAGCAUAUGCAGGCACAUCAGCGAUAGACCCACAGGAGACUAGUACAGCCAAG